AUGAACAAAGUGCUUUUGAUCAAUUCUCUUUUCACCAAGAAACAAGGGAUUGAGAUGGUAAUUAUCCUCAUCUAUGUGGAUGAUUUACUCAUCACUGGAAGUAAAUCUUCACUAGUACAAGAUGCAAAAAUGACUUUGCAUAGUCAGUUUAAAGUUAAAGAUCUGGGAGAGUUGAGACACUUUCUUGGAAUAGAAGUGAUGAGAUCAAAGAGGGGAAUCUUACUCAAUCAAAGAAAACAUACCCUGCAAUUGAUUUCACAAGUUGGGCUGAGUGGAUCUAAGCAUGUUACUACACCUCCGGAACUUAAUCAGAGAUUGACCACUACAGAUUAUGAAUCUUAUGUUGGGAAAUCAGGUGAUCCAAAGUUAGCAGACAUCACAACGUACCAACAGUUGAUUGGCAAGCUCUUAUACUUAAUAAUUACACAACCAGAUAUAAGCUUUCAUUGCCGAGGUUCUUGUGAAGCUCUUGGGAACUUCGACGCAUUAAGGUUCUGGGUUCUUGUGGAUCUUUUGUUCUUUAUUGUUGUCCAUUUAACUGCUCUUCUAUGGAUUCUGGAUUAUGUUGGUGAAUAUGGCUCCUUGUUGGAAGUCUGGGUAUGCUGCAUGAGAAUUGCUGAAGGCCCAGACAGUGCUGGUAUCAUUGCCUAUUGUGAUUCUGAUUGGGCUGCUUGUCCAAACAUAAAGAGGUCUGUUAUUGGCUAUGUAAUAAAGCUAGGAAGCUCAUUGAUUUCCUGGAAGUCUAAGAAGCAACAAAAAAUAAGUAGAAGAUUUGCAGAAGCGGAGUACAGAAGCAUGGCAGCAGAUGUGGCUGAGGUCACAAGGCUUUCAGGCUUGUUGGAUGAAUUGGGGAUUCAGAUAUCAAACACCUGUGAACCUACUCUGUGGCAACAAGACAACUAUCUAGAUAGCAGGGAAUCCUAUCUUCCAUGA